UCGGCAAGAUGUCGGCCAAACAAAUUCUGUUGGCAUCUUUGAUAUUGGAGCAACAUUGUGGCGAUAUAGUAGCGAGAAUUGGCAAGAAUAUUUUGAAUAAAGGAUUUACAACUCUAUCAAGUAUUGCACUGGAUACGGGAUUUUCAAAAAAUAAGAUCAGAAAAGCUCUUUGCCAGUUAAUUCAACAUAAUUUGGUGAAAUGUCAAAAGAAUCAAAGAGGUUUCAUCACAUACACUGGACAACUUUCAAACAUUUUUGCCAUCAUGUAUUAUCCACGAUUUAUACAAAAGGCAAAAAUGUUAUUUGGUGAUGUGGCAGAGCUGAUUGUCGAGCAACUUCUGUUACAUGGUUGGAUGACAAUGACAUCAGUUGUUACUCGUGUUACACAACGGUUACAUGAUCCUCAGGCUGAAGCAUCAGUUGCCAUAAACGAAUAUCAGGUUUCUGAACAGUUCGCCAACAUGGCUAGCAUGCAUUUGCUUCAACAUUCAACUCUAGAAAGCAUUGAUCCCAGCAAGGCUCCUCCAAAUGAGAGUGAAAAAUAUCAGUUGCCGAGAGCAUACACACCCACAGUGUCGGCAUCACAUAGAAGAAAGGCUUCCUUUAACAACGACAAAAUUUCGAUCGAUUUUCAGGACUCUGACAUCUUUUGGCAAGUUAAUAUUCAACAGUUCAACGUCCACCUGGUCGAUGAGAUAAUUGUCGAUGGUACGAGAAACUGUAUAGACGAGAUUGCCUCGAAAGUUAUGGACGUGAUGUGCAAAAUGACCAAUGUGGACAGGUCAUGUUUUUCUGAUAAAACGAAACGUCUCGGUUUCUACGAAAUAGCCGAGAAUUUAUCACAUCAAGAAAUGAGCGAAGGUGAUCUUCUAAGUUGGCUUAGUAUCCUCGAACAAGAAAAGGGAGGUUUUGUGACAAAGCAAUCCGACAGUUCCGGAGGAUUGUAUGCUAUCAACAUAAAAAAUAUACUACACGCUCUCUCUCUUGCCUGCAUCGAGUCCAUUAUUAAAGAGAAUUUAGGAGCAAAGUCGUUUCGAAUCUUCAACUGUCUAAGAAUGAAGGGAUAUUUAGAGCAGCAACAGAGGUGUUUUAUUGGCUAUUGUGUAUUGACGUACAAAACAGACAAAAAUCCGAUCGAGGAUUUUUGUAUGAUUCCAUCGAAAGAAGCUAAAGAGCUUGUGUACAAGUUGGUGGAGGAAAAUUUCGUCAAUUUAUUGGAGGUUCCUCGCAGUGCUGACUACGCUCCUUCAAGAACGCUGUAUUUAUUUGGUGUUAAUGUGCCGCAAGUUUGUCGAAUGUUAUUGGAUAAAAUUUAUACGAUUUUAGCGAACAUUAAGAUACGUCAGUGUGAGGAAAGUAAGCAGGAAACGCGAUUGUUGGAAAAAUCGGAAAGAUUGGAAGGAACGAUAUCAUCGUUACAGAGUCAGGGUUUUGACGAGGAUUCGCAGGCUGUGAAAGACAUCAGAGAAAUGAUGACUGACUACGAGAAGGAAAGAUUAGUGCGACUUGAGAAUAUCGUUAAAAAAUGCGAUCAUGGCGAAAUGCAGGUUACAGAAACUCUUUUUGUAUUUUCACAAUUUGUUAUUUUGACGUGAUAUCAAGGUGGCUGAAUUCCGUGACAACGUCUUCCGCUGAACGAUCUAUUGAUUGUCAUAAAAUUUCUUUGAUCUGCUAGUGUGAUCUUUAACCGUUUGUAAAAGGGAAUUUAAAUCGUCCCUCUAUAAUAAUAUUAACGUAGGGCCCAUUUCAUAUCUCAUAUUUUACAUACGCCAAAAACAUUGAAGACAAAAGAAAAUCAGAUGAAAUUCUUCAUUAUGUUUUGUUUAAAUUUCAAUCGGCUUAUGUAAUAGGCGACGUUGAAAACAAAACAUGUCUGAUAAUCGUAAAACAGUGUUCCUGUUUUUUAAUAAAGUUGUAAUACUAACAAAAUAAAAAUUACACAAUUGCUUUGAGCGAAAAAUUCCCAA